AUGUCCGCUCCUGGAUCUAUCGAUCUGAAUCUCCCCUCACCACCCGAGGCAACAACCCCUUCAUCUCCUGGCCAUCCAAACAAAAGACGCAAAACUGGACCUACCACGUCCCGAGGUGUCGCCAGUCUUACUCCUGAGCAACUCGCCAAGAAGCGCGCAAAUGACAGGGAAGCACAGAGAGCCAUUCGAGAACGAACAAAGGCUCAAAUUGAGACUCUAGAGAAGAAGAUACAGGAAUUGACGUCACAGCAACCAUAUCAGGAACUCCAAGCGGUGAUUAGACAGAAAGAUGCGAUCCAGGCCGAGAACGAUGAUAUACGGCGGAGGUUGGAAUCCGUCCUGUCGAUCAUACAACCGAUAGUCACUGCCCAUGGUUUGACGGAUCUUGCUACAGCUGCUCAAACAGACGGGCAGAAUCAGCCUCCUACCACGCAGCAACUGGGGUUGCUGCAAGGCCAAUACAGCGAUGCGCGCAACGGCACUCGAUCAUACUCAGAAGGCUCACCUCAGACCUUAGGCUCUCCUUCACCAAACAAUGCAACUGCCUUUUUACAGAAUUUCGUACCGCCGCCUGUCGCCCGACCCAAUCCCGAGCGCGUUUGGUCGCCCAUUGAUGCAUUGGCCUACCAGAAGCAAAACUUACACCAUGGGCUGGACCUGAACGAUUCCGGAGAGCGACUGGGAUUCGGCUUUUUAUUGGAUGGAUCGCACCACGUAGCGAAGGUCAAACAGCCAAACCAGAGUCCACGUGAGCACAGAACAUCGCCAAGCUCUCAAUCAUAUCCGCCCUUACCGAAUAGUCCGUUCACUGAUCACGCUAUUGCUCCGUGGGCUGCACCCUGCCGCAAUGUGGAACCGACAUGUACGCUUGAUAGUUUCCUUCUGGGCUUUCUGCAGUCGAAGCGCAACGAAGCUGCCCAAGGCGUACCUGCACAGAGGCUGGUCGGGCCAUCCUACCCCAGUGUCUCCUCAUUAUUGAAUCCACAAAUCGAGUCACAUCCUUUGUCCAAAGUCUUUACGGAUAUUCUCAGCACCUUUCCAACCAUCGAUGCACUACCUCAGCAGAUAGCCGUCCUGUAUAUCAUGUUCUUGAUUAUGAGAUGGCAGAUAUAUCCCACUCAGGAGAAUUACGAGCGCUUACCAGACUGGAUGACCCCACGGCCAUCGCAGCUGUUCACACCUCAUCCCGCCUGGAUAGACUAUCUACCUUGGCCGAAAAUGCGAGACAAGCUUGUGGAGUGCUACCAUGAUUACGCCUUCGAGGAUUUCACGUUGCCUUACACCACAACUUUGUCCUUGAAUUGGCCAUAUGAGCCGACAGAUGCUCUGCUCCAGUCAGACUCUGAAGAAUUGAUGAUCAAUCCAGUGUUCGAGCGUCACUUGAGGAACCUUUCGAACUGGUCGCUCGGACCGGCUUUUGCUAGAGCACAUCCAGCUUUGGCUGACGUAGCAAGGAUAAAGGGUGAUGACAAUCGAACGCCUGGCAUGCAAUGA